GAAUAGUUGCUGAACAUAUCGUUGAGACUACAUUCUUAAUAAGACAUCCUGAAACGACUAAUGGACACCGGAAAUUCAUAUCCGUCAACUACGAUUGUCUCGACGAUCUUUUAAGUAUUUUACGAUCAUUAACGAAACCAUGGAAUCACCGAAAUUUCGUUAUACUAAGGACAACGAUCGGCUUACUUUCAAGGAACGUUUGUUCUACGAAAAAAAUGGAUAUUUAUUAAUUCCUGAUCUUAUACCACAAUCUAUAAGAGACAAAUGUUCCCAAAGAUUCGACGAUAUCGUUAGCGGGAAAGUCGAACGAGGAAUGAUUACGGUUAUGCGAGAUAUCGUUAAUAAAAAACAAGUCAACAAAAUACAAGAUAUUAAUCAUGACGACAUAUUUCGAGAAUAUUUUGAAUAUGAUAAAAUAUUAGACAUAGUCGAAUGUUUCACUGGUCCUAAUAUAAUGGCAUUGCAUAGUAUGUUAAUAGCUAAACCACCUGAUGCAGGACUUGGUUCUAGUGAACAUCCACCACAUCAAGAUCUUUAUUAUUUUCCAUUCCGACCGGCUGACAAAAUUGUAGCAUCAUGGACCGCAAUAGAACCCUGCGAUAAAGUAAACGGUUGCCUUUACGUUUAUCCUGGAAGCCAUACACUCGACAAAUUAUAUCCACACAAUUAUCCUGUUGGUAGUAAACCAAAUACGGUUAAUAAAUUUUAUCACGGUAUUAAUGAAUAUCUACCAGGGAAAAAAGUCUACUUACCAAUGAAACCUGGCGAUACCGUAGUCUUUCAUCCUUUGCUUAUACACGGAUCUGGGAUAAAUCAAUCAAAGAGAACGAGAAAGGCCAUUUCUUGCCAUUACGCUAGCUCCGAUUGUUAUUACGUUAAACCCGCAAAUGAGGUAGAAAAACUGAUUCAAGAUGAGAUCGAGGAAGUUGUACGCAAAAAAUAUAAUGCAAAUUUAAACUAUAUAGAUUUUUGGAGCUUUAAAUCCAGCCUUGUGCGUGGUAAACGAUGUUCAUUAUAGAUUUAUGAUUUAUA